CAAAUCAUAACGUUAUAAUGGGCUCUGAUAAAAGAGAAACUUCUUUCGCAUCCAUUUCGUCGCUUGUUUUGUAACAAUCCCAGCCAACAUGGUAUGUCAGUCUUUUCUCAUGACUCAGGAUCUCACCAAGGAGGAUAUGGAAUGAAUCUGGCUCCCAAACUUCAAAGGUGCUGCAUAGGUGGCUGCAGACAUGAUACCAAUGUUUCUAACCAUCAUCACUUGCUCUGUGUCAAUUCAUACAUUAUAAUAGGUCCAUCAUUUCAGUAAUUGUGUACAUCACCAUGAUUUCACACUCUCUAGUGGCAAAAAGGAAUGUGUCACAAUGAUAAUUUAUCCUGAACUGCUGUCCUUUUUCAAUGUGUCCUAAUACCUCCAAGAAUCCUCUCAACCAACA